AUUGAAAAAGUUUGUUGGUAGUAAUGGUGACGAUUCAAAGAAGAAAAUACGCACGGAAGAUGGGACUUAUCUGCCAGCAACGUACAAAAGUGGUCGUUAUGAGAAAUGGCAGAAGAAACAGAAGUUGGAAUAUCAAAAUAAUGAUGAAGAAGAAACGAUUGACACACGAAUAAAGAAACAGGACUUUAGGAGACGUAGUGGCAACCGGAAAAGAAGAAGGCGAAAUAAGACGGAAAAUAAAGAAGAGAAAGCGCCACGUUCUGAACUAAAAACUUCAGAGCAGAUCCUGAAACAGAGGAAUAGAAAGGCAAAAAUUCAGUCAUAUCAACUCUAUAGAAGGCAGCAAAAUAUGAAGAAACGGUUGACAAAGAAGCGAAAAACUGAUUUGUCUUAUUAG